AGAAAUGGUUGUUCCUGAAGUUGACAAAAAUCUGCUUGAGGAACUUGAAUCGAUGGGCUUUUCCACAGCGAGGGCAACAAGAGCGCUUCAUUUUUCUGGUAAUGCUAGUCUCGAGGCUGCUGUAACUUGGAUAGAAAACCAUGAGGAUAGACCUGACAUAGAUGAGAUGCCCUUGGUACCUGCUGUCAGUAAAGCUAAGGCUACUAAAGCCUCUCUUACCCCAGAAGAAACAAAUGCCAUACUACGGGAUCUAAGGGAGAAGGCUCGCAAGAAGAAAGAAGAAGAAGAGAAGAGAAUGGAGAGAGAAAGAGAAAAGGUAUUUUGUAAACUCAUCCGUUUGCUUCUCACUUAUCUCACUGAGUUUCACCACUGACAUAGCUGAAUAUCUUAUAA